UUGUGAAACUGGAACAUGAGCGUAUUAGUCACUCAGGUGUGGAGCAUACCGUCACACACACACACACAUACACACACACACACAACCCCCCCAUCCUUCUCUCCUCCAGGUAGUGUAAUACUUUAAAACAUGCAGCGUGUCGUAAUGAGUAGAGACGCAUUGUGAAACUGGAACAUGAGCGUAUUAGUCACUCAGGUGUGGAGCAUGCCGUCACACACACACACACAUACACACACACACACUGACAUUCAUGCCAGUUAUCACACACACACACGUAAGAACAACACCUUGACUUUAAUGAAUGCAUGUUCCCACGCCCACAUUUAUGAAUGCACAAACACACAAACUACACAUGAGCCCAAAUUUGAAGACUCACACACACACACAUGAACACACACACACAACACACACCCCUUGCCUCGCAGCCUUGCUUGACUUCCUCCCGGAUUUGUCACCACCACACCGGUUGUUUCCCAGCCGGCGUGCCGGGCUCCGGCUUCAGUGCGAUCCCUUCAGUCCAGACGUCAGCCAGACCUCCCCAGCUGCCUCCUAAUCACCUGUUUGGUUUCUGAGACAGGGAAAAGCUGGCCGUGGCUCGCCUUCAGAGAGAAGUCGCACGGAGCAAGAGCGAAGGAACAAUGCGAGAAAAGCUGAUCCACGAGCUAGAGGAAGAGCGACGGCUGCGACUGGAGAGCGAGAAGCGUCUCCGGGAAGUGACGGAGGAGUCGGACCUGGGCCGAGCGCAGAUGGUUUCACUGCAGCAGCAGUUCUCCAGGAUGGAAGAGACGGUGCGGUCGCUGCUGCAGAACCAGGGCGGCGUGGAGCCGGCGGCCGUGGACCCGCUGGACAUCAUGAAGGCCUACCGGGAUAAACUCUCCGAGGAGGUGCGGAAACAGAGCGGCUCCCCGCCGCCGUCGAAGGCGGGGCCCGCGCCGAACGCCGACCCCGACGCCAGCCGAGCAGAAGACGACCGAAACGAAACCGUGCCCCUUCUGGAUCGCCUCCAGGCCCUGGAGGAGAAGAACUCUGCCCUGGCCGUGGAGAACGAGAGCCAGAGGGAGCAGUACGAGCGCUGUCUGGACGAGGUCGCCAAUCAAGUCGUGCAGGCGCUCCUCACCCAGAAGGACCUGAGGGAGGAAUGUCUGAAGCUGCGCACUCGCGUGUUCGACCUGGAGCAGCAGAACCGGGCGCUGGGCGUCCUGUUCCAGCAGCGGAUCAAGCCCGCCUCGGACCUGCUCCUCCAGAAACUCCACUCUCGGAUCCUGGAUCUAUCUGCGGCGGAUUUGCUGUUGGAGCCCGAGAGGAGCAAGGCCUUCCUGCUCUCCCGGAACACCGACUCUCCCUUCAGUGAGGCGCAGUUGAACGGGAAGGCGGGUCUGCCGGUGGCCAAGUGUCUGAGCCAGCUGAGUCUGACGGUGCCGGCGGGGCCCGUGUACCCACGCAGCAGCUGCAGCAGCAGCGAGUUGUCCCUGUCGAGCGCCUGCAGCGAGUUCUCCAGCGGCUCCUACACCUGGAACGAUGGACGCUCCUGUGGGAAAAUGGCGUCUCUGACCUGGGAGAAGAGGCUGAGUUUGGGUUCGUCGGCGCCGAGUAGCAUCUGCGCCCCGCCGGAGGAGGCGCCGCCCACCAGGCGCAAGGAGAGCAACAUCCUGGAGGGGCUGAGGAAGCUCCAGAGGAGGAGACACAGGAGCUCCUCCGUGUCGUCCAAGGUCUCCAAGUCGGCCGACAAAGACUGCAUGAACUCCAACGAGGGCAUCUACUCCCUGGGUAUAAAGAGUGGCAGUAAAGGGGUGUCCAAGCCCACCCACGUGGGCAGAACUCUAGCCGUCGGGGGCAAGAGGUUCUCUUACGAUUCUGACGAUGCAGAUGAUGAAUUGCCACAUUCCAGUCGAGGGGUUGACGUCCCCACCAAGGACAGCUGGUUUUACUGCAAGAGGCUCUCUCGGAGCAUAUCGGACAGCUUGUGCAGCUGGGAGGGGCUACAGGACGGCGGCGGGGGAGGGGACGGCAGCUCGGGUCCGGUGGCUUCCAGACACCCGUCCGGCUGUGACUCAAAAGAGCGCCCCGAGAAGCUCCUGAGCUUCAUCAACAGUUUUCUCCCCGAGGGAGCGAGGACGUCGGCGUUUUCUAAACCCUCCUCGCUGCGCUUCGUCCCUUCCGACCCGGAGGGUCCGAACCCGCUCUCUGACGCGGACGACCCAGAGGAACUGAACUCCGAGGCCGGCGGCAUCCGGACGUCCUUCGGCCAGCGAGCGGAGAGGGACUCCGAGAGGGUUUCGCGAGACGCCGCCAAGCUGCUCGCACUGCAGUGCUUGCGAAGAGAGCAGGGACACACCCAGUCUGCAGACGGGAGGCCGAGGCCCUUCGGCCUCAUUAAGGAGCCCAAAGGGGCCACGUGCACUCAGUCAGAGGAGAGCAUUUCUAAAAUAUUUGAUGCCGAAGGAGAGCCUAUUGAACUUUGCGCUCAGAAGCUCACAGCCGGGCCUGUAAGUGACAUCCAAAGUAGCGAGGUAAUUGCCAAUUACACGGAACUGCUGCCCCGCGAGAGGCCAACGAGGCAGAAAUCAGCAAAUGCGAGAAACUACACCGUUCUCGAAUCUCCGGAGAAGCCGUCUGAAUAUCAAAUGAGGUCGGGCAAAACAAGCAAUAGCAGGGAGGGCAGUGAGGAGAGGCUGUCGAUGCAGCUGACGCCACAAAGGAAACUAAUCAAACCACCAGCCAACCGGCUCAACAAAAGCCAAUCCAUCCUCUCCGCGAACGACCCCGCUCCGAAGUCGAGCGGUUCAAAGAUACCCGGUCGAAACAAACCUCUCGGAUCCCCGCUGAGGUCCAAGGGCUCUUCCGCUGAACCGGGUAGCGGUGGAAACUCAGGAACCUCUGGUCAGGAGAAGUCCCCCACCUCUCCUGCAGUUAAAAUGUCCAGGUUCAUCAAAGCAGCGGGAAGCUGCUCCCAGAGCCCAAAGGCAGGGAACUCCAAGCUCCCCAGCAGGGCCGAAUGCAGCAAGGGCCCCUCCUCCGGUUCCCCACACCUGUCGAGGAGGCACCUGGAGUAUGCCGACAACGGCGAACAGCCAACCAGAGACAAACACUGUGAAACCGGCAAAACUAAACUCAGGUCCCCUUCUCCUCCCCCUCCUCCGGGCCGCACCACCUCCUUACUGAUCAGACCAAAUUACGAAGGGUCGCCUCAAGCACAUAAAACAUGGGCGGCUCAAACCUCCACGCCGACCACUGUGAGGGCCCCUCCCCCGAGUUACCACACGUCACUUGUACCAAAUAUGCAAAGUACGCUACCCAUCAAGGAUAAAGACCUUUUAGACCUGGAUGCAGGCUACGGGACUGCACUUGCACCUCAGAAACUGGUUGAGAAAACCAGUCAGCACCUUCAAAAGUCCCCCGCCAACACUCAGACAACGACUAAAGGCACUUCCAAGAGGAUGACCACGAAAGACUACCUCCCUUCUGCAAACUCAGGGUGUGCUCUUGAAUCUGAAAAUGCACCUAAAAGCUCAAAGAAUGUCCCUCCUCCCUACAGCGCCCUCAGAGGGUCAAGCAAAAGAGGAUCAACCCACGAUAAUGUCCAUCUGACGGUGCAGAAGAUGUCCAUUAGUUUGCCUGUAUCGCUUCAGGACACCCCUCAAGGUAAAACAGAACCCCAAAAUGGCAACGCGGUGGUCAGCCCCCCCGCCUCAGCCGUGGUAUCCCCCAACGCCGCGGACAAAGCCUCAAAGACUCGCAUCCCCAUGGGGUUUAAAGCGUUUUUAAAAUCUCCCCCGAGCCAUAAAAAUAGUCCUUCUAUACCAGGCAAGCAAGAGAAAGAUCAUAUCAACUCCGUCUCCAAGGAGACCGUGACUCUAAAUGCUUCGACUCAGUGUGACGGCUCGCAGCCGGUGAACGGUAUCGAUUCACCGCCCGAGAUGUCUGUCGCAGAGGGGAAAGGUGACGUCCAGAGUCGGCUGCUGGAAGACGAAGUGCACGCCGCCGCGUUGCCAGAGGAGGAAGAGGUUUACGAUAAAGGGAAAAGGAGUAGUCAGCUUUUCUCCAGAUCCAUAUCUGUAACUACGAAACCUCAUCUGAAGCCGGCCUUGGGGAUGAACGGCGCCAAAGCGAGGAGCCAGAGCUUCAGCGCCAACUACAUUGAGAAACCCAACAUCAAUUCCCUGGAUGGACCGGGGAAGACCCGAACGCAGAUCAUCACCAACUCGGGCGAAAGGGGAAACUCUUUGUCGAGGCAGACGUCAUCAGAGGUAGGGAGUGUCGGGUCGGCGGAGAGCCCCGUCCACCCGCCCAGGACCAGGCUGAGCCACUACGGAGGCAUGACGGGGUCAAACAGCCACAACCUCCUCCCUGAGAGAACUUCUAGGUCAGGCUCCAAAGGCGACGGGCUGCAGGCCGUCACCUCCCCUUCUCACAAAGAGGCCCGGAGCCUACCCAUCGGCGAUAGGAUCGGCUUGAACAAUAUUCGCAAGACCGCGAAAGUCGCCUCCCAUCCGCAGUUUCAUCGCCCGUCCUCGUGUGUCUAUCGCUCGGAAAAUCCAGCGCGAGAGACGGGAGGCCUCGAAACCAGCGCCGGCGAGCCGGACCUCGGCAGGGAAGUCCAGACCCAGGAGGACUCUCCGGACACGGAGGAGAAGAAAACCGGCCCGACGGCCUGCACCAUCGAGGAGAAGGUCAUGAUGGGGAUCGAGGAGAAUCUGCAUAAAUGUCAAGAGCAGGAGAAAGUCGCCGCCAGCGAGACCAAGCAGAAGACGGGCCCCUCCCUGGCCAACUGGUUCGGCCUCCGUAAGAGCAAACUUCCGGCGCCGGGCGGGAAGAAAGCCGAACCUCCGAAGGGGAAAGAGGAGAAGAAAGAGUCGAAGAUCGGAUCGGUGCUCGGAGGCAAACAGAUGAACAAGAAGAAGGAGAAGAAGAAGAACGACAACCAGCAGAGGGACGGCCAGGAGGUGCAGAACCUGUCGGAGAUGAACCACAAGCUGAGCUCCAUCAUGGACCACUGCAACAACCAGAUGGGUCAGAUCGCCAGUCAGAUCCAGUGCACCACGGCCUUCAUCGGCAAAGACCAGUUCGUGAAGGAGCUGCUCGGCAGGAACGCCGUGAAGGGCAACUGUGUGGCCGCGUCGCCGCCCGGGAUCUCCACCCCCAAGAAACACGGCGACGCCAAGGGAGAUAUGGAGACGUGUGCAGAUACGGCCACCCUUUUAAUGAGUCAGAAGAUCCACCUGAGGCCUGAAAACGAAGCGGGGCGCAUCCCGGACGCGGCGUGCCAAGACCACAUGCUCGGCUCCGGCUGUCAGAUGAGGACCCUGGACAGCGGGAUCGGCACCUUCCCCCUCCCCGAUUCCGUCACCCGAGCCGGCGGUCGCCACCUCCCCAAAUCUGAGUCCAGCCCAGGCGAUCUGGAGCCUCCGUCUCCUCGCCCAGACCCCUCACUACCUGAUGUGAAAGUGCCUUCCCUCCCAAACGCCCGCACGCACGCCCCGCCCAGCGUGGGCCACUCCCUGUCCGACCCCAUUGUGACCUUCAGGGACGCCCAGAGCCGCCUGCCCACAUUAGCAGCUUCGGAUGCAAUCAGGCUGAAGAGGUCGAGCCUGGGCUCUCCGCGCGGCAGCAGCGUCUCCACGGAGGACAGAGAGACGGCGGCAGAGAGGACGACGAGAGCCCUGGGCGAGGACGGUGAAAGAGUCCUGCAAGUGUGCUCGUACUCGGGGAGCGGCAGCGACACCGAGACCGAACCGGAGAGAACCGGCAGCUCGCCGCAGAGGACGCUGGUCUCCAGAUCCAAGAGGAGGGACUCAGUGGACCAGAACGAGGAGACCCUGAAGAGGAGCGGCGUGGAGACGUCCUUGUCCAUCAUGGACUACUACCAGCACGAGAUGUACUCCCACCUGGAGAAGGACAGCCGGAGGAUCUCCCAGUACAACCUGUUGCACACGGAGGCGUCACUGGACGGCACAGCCGGAGACAGACUCGGCAAGGACGUCCCCGCGGACAAGGCGCCCGUCAGCGGCCCGCCGAGCUCCCUGGACUUCUCCACGGAGUCCCUGGACCGGCUGAACCACAGCGGCUCCAGCAGCGGCAGCCUGUACCCGGACGCCGGCUCGGGCGGUCGCCGUGGCGACGGGCACGCCGAGGCGGGCCGGAGCGAGGAGGACCGCCGCGGGGCGGACGAGCCCUCCUCCUCCAGCCGGGGGCCCGACGCCGUGGGCUCCCUCAGCGACUCGCUGUACGACAGCUUCUCCUCCUGCACCAGCCAGGGCUCCAACGAAGUGUAGGGGCGGCGGGAAGGGGGCGGGGCUACGAGGAAGGAGGCGGGGCUGUAAGCCGGGCUCUGACAUGCUGCACGUUCUUUUCAAAUUGUUUCAGGGUGAUUUUCUUCCCCGUUGAACCUCAGGACGUCGCUCUAAGCGUGAGAACUCUUCCUUCUGUUGGACUCUUGGGUUCUGCUCUACCACACGGAGCACUUAGUGGAGCCGGAGACCCGGACCGGAGACCCGGACCGGAGACCCGAACCCCGAACCAGGACUUGAGUAGUUUGACUCGUGGACAGCAAUACGAGACGGUUUGUCUUCCCUCCGUGCCGAGCUCUUAUGCACUGUGACGAAUACUGUAAACGCUUGUGAGGAGGUCAAGUGUCUCCUAGGAAUGUCUCCUAGGGGGCGUCUCCUAGGAGUGUCUCCUAGGGGCGUCUCUUUGGGGAGUCUCUUCGGGGAACCUCAUCAGGGCGUCUCUUAAGGGCGUCUUUCUCAGGACGGUCUUUGGGGCGCCUCCUUGGUGCGUGUCCUAGGGGGCGUCUUAUAGGGGCGUUCCCUUGGGCCGUCUCCUUAGGCGUCUCCUUGGGCCGUCUCCUUGGCCGUCUCCUCAGGCGAACAUGGCCGCCCAGGUGCAACAGAUCUUUGAUUUCAUUCCCAAUUUCUAGGAAAGUAGAUUUAAAUCCGCGAGGUGUCGUUUUAUGUGUUGCUGCUACGUCGCUCCGAUACCACAUCCCAUAAUAAUCCACCUGUUUAAAAAAAAAAACAUUUCCUUUCAUCUCCGUUUCAUCUUAAAGGUAAAAACUUGUCGCCAAUCUUCUCUUCUGGGUUAUUUCAAGCUGCUUUUUAUAUUUUUUUAACGUCUUGAGACUUAUCACAAUCCAGCUAACAAUACUCCUGAUGAUGUCACUGUCUCGUGAACCAAUAGGAGACUUCCCACGGUGUGACUGGUACUUGAAGGCACCACCGUGUGUUGUUGCUGGAGCUCAGGGAUCCAACUGGACUCGUGUAGAUUGUAAGAAUUAAAGCGCCGCGUCAGCAGAAAAGUCAACAAACGCAACGUGACUAAUAUUCUGCUUUCUCUCUUUCCUCUCUCCAAACCUCAGUUUUCCUUUCAUCGUUGUAUAUUAUGUUGUAUAUAUUAAAUAAUAUCAGAAGAGGCAUUGCUUGAUAUAUGCAAAUGAGGAGAAAACAACAACAACAACAUUGUUUUCCAAUCAUUCAAGCGAGGUUUUAACUUCCUAAACAUGGCAUGCAUCUUAUUUUUCUUGUUUAAAGCAAAGAUCUUUAUUUUGAUCCAUAAGAGCUAUUAACUAAAACAUAUUGUAUCACUUUAUUUUAAAGACGCAUUUUGAACUUUUAGGUGAUUGUAUGCCAAAUGUGUAUCUGGAGUUUAACCCAGCUGGUGCUAAUCAACAGGCCUGAUGUCAUUUCAUUCUUUUCUAUGAAACUGUUAAUAUUGUAAGAAGAGAGUCCGGAGAGGACUCGUGUAUUUUUCUAGAUGUCCAGUAUUUAUACCACAUUUUGUACCGUCGGUGUGACGUCAUGCUUCACCUCUCUGUGACAAGAGAAAUGGUUACCAGCAGUGUUACUUUGGUAAUUAUUAUUAAUGUUAUUAUUAUUAUUAUUACUGCGUGCAAUUUUGGUCUGUUUACACCAGACUUUAACGCUAUAUUUUAUGUAACUAUUUCCUAAAUAAAUAUGAGAAAUGUCCUAUUUCAAAGUGAGCUGAA